AAAACAAGUGUGUGCAUUGCCGAUUCCAGCCGAUUCCUACUGCUUCACAACACAAUAGCACGGUUAUUUUAGGCAACUACAGUUGUGAAGAACCAUGGCAGUGGCUGCAAUGUCAUUCCAGUGGUUAGAUACACUGGAAAAAGACUUUGAUGUUGCCUUUGUAGAUUUGGAUACCAUUUUGGGCAGCGGUAUCCUGGACUCCCUCGAGGAGGCGGGUGAUAUGCCGCCGGAGCUGGACGAGGCGCCCGGAGGCCUCACGGGCGCCGUGCGGCACAAACUGGCUGCCAUGGCCUCGUGCUGGGCGCAGCUCGUCCACAAGGCGCAGACCGUCUUCCAGAACAACGCCAAGCUCGAGGCGGCGCUGGUGCAGGCGCGGGACGAGCUGCAGCAGGCGGAGGCGGCGCGUCGGGUGGCGGAAAAGGAGAUGCGUGACCAGCUGCUGCAGCUACACGCUGCCCAGCUGCAGCUGCACAAACACACAGCUGCCGCCGCCGCCGACUCCGACACCAUCAUGAAGAAACUGGACUCUGACCUGUACCUGCGGCGCCGUGACCUGCUCCGGGAGGAAAAGAUGGUGUCUGAGCUGCAGCGACUGCGCUCCGAGGUGGACCAGCUGAACGCCUACAUCGUCAGCCUGCAGAGCGAAGUGGUCGGCUGCCGGCUGGCCGCCAAGUACAUGGACAAGGAGCUGGCCGGAAGGAUCCAGCAGAUCCAGCUGCUGGGCCGGGGUCUGCACGGCCCCGAGCACGACCGGCUGUGGGCGCAGCUGGAGGCCGAGAUUCAGCUGCACCGACACAAGACGCUCAUCAGGGCGUGCCGCAGCAGGUCGUGGCGGGACCCUCCCCCAGAGCCAGCCGUGUCCGGCUCUCGGCUGGUCACCGUCACAAAAGCCGACAAGGAGGGACUCGGCAUGUCCAUCACGGGCGGCGACGACCACGGCGUGCCGAUCGUCGUCUCUGCCCUGAAGCCGUCCGGUCCGGCGGCUCGCUCUGGCCAGGUGCAUGUGGGCGACACGAUCCUCUCCGUCAACGGCAUCAGUCUGCAGCAGGUUCGUCACGACGAGGCGGUGGAGGUGCUGUCCUCUGUGACGGGCGACAUCCGCCUGGAGCUGCUGUACCUGCCCACGCUGCCCGAGGACGUCAGUGAGGGCAUCUACGACAUGGAGCGCUUCAGGUACAGUAUGUCGGACGAGGAGGCCCUGGUGACUCCGGUGACCCGGCCCGCCCCGGCCGGCCCCCCGCCGGUGCCGCUGGCCCGCUCCACCCCUGUCCGACGGCCCGGAGUGGCCACCAGACGGCUACCGGAGCCCUCAGCAGCGCCCGACGGCCCUCAGGAGGUCUCCGGGAGCGGCUCCCCGGACGGCUCGGGCCCCUCCCCGCCGCCGCCGGGGCCCGUCAGUAACGGCGGCGCGUCUCCGUCCGUCCCGGCGGCACCGCUCACCAACGGCGUCCCUCCGACCCGGCCGGCGACACUCGACCAGCAGCUGGUCCCCUGUCGAGAGGUGUAACACAACCGACCGCCCGAUCAAAGUGCUUCGCAGCAAGAAUUCCAAGGUACCGUGACUAUAGUAGGGUGAUGCUUUGGCAUUUCUCCACGAGGUGACGGGAGUCUUCGUCGUAUGGCGAUACCACACAGAGCGGGUUGCUGUAUUGUCACGAACGGUGUUAUACGAGUCAUGUAACAGUUACCUAUCGGUAAAGCAAUUUCCAUUGCUAUCAUGGUACCAGGGUGGGAAAAGUUUUGCCAGUAAUCAGAGUUUGCUCAUGAUGUUGACAUUACUUUAAAGGCUACAUUUUUUGUGUGUUAAACAAAACAAUGCCGUUUUGAUACCAAAGUAAGUUAUAUCAUGAGGUAAUAUAUUAAUUGUUUUAAAGUUAACCUUUUUAUUUUGUAGCAGAACGCCCAUUAGGAAUAUGUUGCAGGUAUGCUAAGUGUCAAGCUAGAUGUACUAUGUGUUUCUUGCCUCCUUCGCCAUAGCUUCAGUUUUACUACGAACUCUGAAUAUCGUAAACAAUAAGCACUGCAUUCCCAGAGAUUAUAUAUGUAAUAGGAGUCGGACUCUCCUGGUUGCCACCUCACCCGCGUUUUAUACUGAGAGACAGCUGACGCCAGGCGUGCUGGUAAAUUUCGACAAUCGUGCACUGUCCUGUCUCGCGUGUUAAAUGUUACGGCAACCGUGUCGGGUAGAUGCGUAACUCUUCUGAAGUGUUUCGCGGAAAAAGGUACUACGCGAGUGUCCAAUAAUUUUCCGUGUUAAUUAAGAGCCGUCGUAUUUUUCUCGCGGAUGCCAUGAGACGCUUUUGAAAUCCGGCGUAGCUAUUAGCCUACACUCGGAAAAUGUCAAUGGUGUUAUUCUUCCAGUGUUUGUAUUGCGGCUAACUCCGGAGUAAUAGGUGCAUUUGGCCAGGUUGUGUGUCGGUGUUAGCGUGUGAAACCGGGGUCAAACUGUGUGCUGUGCUUUUCGGGCGUGGGGGAACGGAUUAUCGAGGUGGCGUGUUUUUUCGGCGCUGAGCGCAUAGCGCAGUAUCGGUCCAUGUGCACAAGGUUGUCGCUCUCCUCUCCCGUGUAUCAUUGCGGCCGGUGGUGGCGCACAAGGUUGUCGCUCUGGUGGCACGCGUGUCGAUGCCGGCGUUUGUUGUUCUGGGCAGUGUCGCCGGGCUCCGUUCGGGACCGGCGAGGAAUGCGGGCUAUUUUCGCCUCUGGUGGCGCAGCACUGCCCGCGGCCGAUGGGUGCAGGGCAGGGGAACUGCGCCGGAGAGGGCGGCCUCUCGGUCACUGCGCGCCACCUCAGGGCAAGGGGUGCCCCCCUCAGUCGCCACCCGGGCCCGGCCGGUCGACCCGAACCGUGUGAUAUGGUGUCUCCCGCUCACCGUCCUGUUGCUAUCUCGUCGCUCUUAACUGCUCCGCUCUGCGCUUUCUCCGUGGGUCUGUUUGGGCUGGGAUUAUUAGGCUUUUUGUUGCAUAUUUUAUUUGUAUUGUUAAGUUUUGUAUAAUAAAUUGCUUUUACUCAA